GACAGGCCAAGAUAUACCGGCCCACGUCUAGGGGAGGGCAAAAAAUGGAACAAAUUUUGCAUUUCUGUUACAAAAAAAACCGCACUACAUCUCCCAAUUGACGAUAAAAAGCAAGAUGUGAUCAUGAGAAAGCUCUUCGUUUAAAGGUAGAACCAACCCGUUUGUUUGAUCAAUUCUAAAAUCGUCUUUACAUUCAUUCUUCGAAAUAAGGAGCCAAUAGAAAUCCCAACUGGUACACCAUGUCGGGCUCAAACAAGAAGAGCUCAAAAAUGAGCAAAUUGGCCAAAAUGAAUGAGCAAGAGAGGGUGAAAUACAUGGAGAAGCGAUUGGCUGAGGAACAGGAAGUAAAGAAGAAGAAGGAAACGCUAAUCACGGGAUUCUUACAGCUCAAAAUAGGUCACGAGGCAAAACUAUUCACUUUGAAUAGCCCAAAAUUGAUCGAACAAUGGAGGAGGUUAUUGCGAACCGUGAAAACGGAAGACUUGAGGAGAGACAUUGUGGCAUUGCAAGACUCCUUCAAUAAGGCUAUUCAGAAAAAGUCCGACCAUUUGAAGUGUCUAUUGCAGGACUUUGAAGAUUCUGAAUCUCAGUACACAAUGUGUUUCCAAACAGAAAUUACAAGCAUCGUUAAACUCUAUCAAGUCAGUCUCGGUCGUCUCUCCGGGAUGAUCAAGAACCAAGAGACCAAUGAGUCUCAUUUGAUGUCCACUUACUUCGACAUGAAAAAUGAUGCCCUCACCAAUCGAGAGCGUGCUCUGGCUUACCUGCAUGAUGUUCUAAUCGCUCUGCAACAAAGGGCAAGCACCAAAGAACAACUUCUGAUGAAGAGCCAUCAAGUUCUUGCGGAAGAUAUUCGGAACAAGAAUCUUGAGGAAAAACAGUCGUUCCAAAUUAACGCCGAGGAAAUGAUGGUGGCGCUCUGGAUGGAAAUGAGAAAACAGGUUUCUCAAUCUUUCGUCAAUUCGGAAGAAAAGAAGCGCCUUUACAACGAAUUAAUCGCACGUGACAAGACGGGGGUGGCUGAGGUACAAAACAACAACCAAAUCAUUGUGAAAUUGAACGAGACAGCUUCAAAGGUCAAAAAUAGUUUGACGAGGGCGAGUGAGGCUCAAACCAGUCGUUUGAGUGGGCUGAGUCAAGAAUACGAAACGUUGAAGAGCCGACUAUUUGAGGCUCGAAAUAAUGUUUCGAGAAGGCGGGAUGAUAUAGAGCAACGCAAACUGUCUACAUUGGCCUGUCAAAUUGAAGCCUUUGAUCAGGUGUUGUCGUCCACGUCGAAAAUGCACAAAGAGUCCCCCAAUCAAAUUGCUACCGUUCGCAACAAAGCGUUAACUCUGGAUCCUUCAUUUCGACAAGGAGAGAAAUUGUCCACCAUCUUGAGAUACCAACUCCAGGAAAAAGAACUAAAGCGGACAGUCUCCCGGAAUAAGAUCCAGCGGUUAAAAUCCAUUCUUAGUGAGGUCAUUCAAGAGGCAACGAGAACAACCAAGCAUAACUUCUGACUAACUUAAGGAACUACUCUGUAAAAUUUGGAGUGCUGAUCAAUAUAAUUAUGAAUGCACCAUUACGAAGCAUUGUGUUUAUUCGAGAUGACCAAGCACAUAGCAUUUUCUUGGCUUCAUCCAGAGUUCGGGAAGCCAUUCAUGAGAAUCAGCCUUGAAGGGACGCCCUUGAAAGAUUGCUCUAAAAUCGCCAGCCUUUAAAUCAGGAAAACAAGCUCAAAAACAUACUCAAAGGCCAAUUCUUUGAACUUAGAACGAUUGAAAAUCGGAAUUGAUAUUUCGAAUUGUAAAAAUAAACACGUUUGAUGCAGGCUGAAGUUUGUAAUGUUAUCUAAUCACGAAGAUAAAAAGAGGAAGAUUGAUGAAU